UCGUUUUGUUCGUGCACGCGCAAGUUUCGCUUAAAAUUAUUGUUAAAUAAUUAAUUAAUGCUUAAAAUGAGUGCAAUAAUUUCAAAAUAGUCGACACCAACACCAGCAAACAGUUGGAAAGCAAAGCCGUUGGUGUAGGUGCGUUAUAAAUAAAACGCAAGUGUAUGAGUAGCGUGCGAAAAAGUGGACGCCAAGAAAAUGUGAAAGAAAGUGAUUUUAUGUUGAUUUUCGUUGUAUUUUGAAUACGUUUAUAAAUUCUUUAUGAUCGAGUAACGAAAGGCGAAAGUGCAUUUUUACAUGUGUAACACUGCAAAAGCUAGAUUACAAAUAAACGUCUCUUGAAAUUGUCGACCUGCUAACUUGAUUUCCGAUUUGGAUUUGGACUUGAAAAGGAGAGCGAGGAGCUUGCAACACGACGUGUAAUGGAUGCAACAUCAAUAAUAACACAAGUUUCCCGCGACGAUGAACAACUAAACGUCUAUCCCAGCGACAAAGGAGAAGAUGUUGAACGCUUAAAGCCACAAAAGCGUGGAAUACUACAAUCUUUGCUCUGUUGCUGGCGACGAAAUCGAACGAAAACAAAUCAAAAUGGCACACAGAUCGAUGGUUCAACCACACCGCCACCCCUACCGGACCAACAAAGGUACCUACUACCUCAGGUUAGGCACUCCGAUAUGCAUAGAAAGUGCAUGGUCAUCGAUUUGGACGAAACUCUAGUGCACAGUAGCUUUAAGCCAAUACCUAAUGCCGAUUUCAUAGUACCAGUGGAAAUCGAUGGCACCAUACAUCAGGUCUUUGUGCUUAAGCGACCGCAUGUGGAUGAGUUUCUGCAGAAGAUGGGUGAACUGUACGAGUGCGUUUUGUUUACAGCCUCACUAGCCAAAUAUGCAGAUCCUGUUGCUGAUCUGCUAGACAAGUGGAAUGUGUUUCGUGCAAGACUGUUUAGGGAAUCAUGCGUUUAUUACAGGGGUAAUUACAUUAAGGAUCUAAAUCGUCUGGGACGUGAUUUGCAAAAAAUUGUCAUUGUUGAUAAUUCACCGGCCAGUUAUAUAUUUCAUCCAGACAAUGCAGUUCCUGUCAAGUCCUGGUUCGAUGAUGUCACCGACUGUGAACUACGUGAACUAAUACCGCUCUUCGAGAAGUUGAGCAAAGUCGAUUCCGUCUAUUCGGUGCUCUGCAAUUCAAACCAGCCGCUGAACAAUCAAACGAACCAACAGCAGCACACGCAAGAGCUGCAGCAGGCGCCACAACAGCAACAACAGCAGCAGCAGCAACAACAACAACAGACCAUCUCUGCCACAACAGUUAUUACACAGGCGACCACAUUGUCUGCACCGACCAUGCUGACUACAGUGCAUCAACAGCAACAGCAGCAGCUACAGUCGCCCAAUCCGCCCAGCCCACAAAGCGAGCUGCUGCAGAAAACGUAACAUCAGUGGGAACUAAUGUUUAUAAAUAUAUGAUAAAGCUUAUACAUAUUAUGAGACCAAGCAAG